CAAUACGUGCUUCCACUGAACAUAGUGGUUGGUAUGACGGAAGUCAAACGACUGUUUCCUGAUUCAUGCGAAUCCCCCAUGCGUGAACACCCUAAAUAUGGCUCGCAGAUGCAGAGCGGCUCAGGUGGACGGCGGCGUUACGUGGACUUGGACACAUGCUGGGGUGUGCCUUUAGCCACUUCCUGCAUCACCUUCUUCUCCUGCAUAGCCUCUAGCAGCUAUGGGUACCUAUACGUACUCUUCAUGGAAAAGCAUCACGUUGGGCGCGAGAAAGCUGCCUGGCCGCAGACUGCUCUCGCCAUCUCUGGUGGAUGUGCGGGGCUUCUUGUCAGCGUCGUGCAAAAGAAGUUCUCCAUCUACCACAUAACCCUUGUGGGUGGACUCAUGGCUUCUGCAGGCGCCAUGGCGUCUAGCUUCGCACCAAAUAUUGCUUGGCUUUGUCUCACAUUCGGAGUGAUACAAGGAGCCGGCAUCGGAACCACACUGCUAGGUGUCCUCAUGUACUUGCUUCUCUAUUUUGACAAGUACAAGGCCACUGCCAUCGCCAUCAAAGACGUAGGUACAGUCGCAGCUGGUGUAGCAGGCGUUCCCUGGACAUCACUCUUAGUAAAGGAAUACGGUCUUCAAGGCAGCCUUCUUCUCACGGGUGGUUUGAUGAUGCACAUCUUGCCACUAGUCAUGCUAAUCAAGACGCCUCGCCCUCUACAAAUUUGCCAAAGCGACAAGGAUAAUGCUAUAACUCUGAGCUCGCAGCAAGCUAAUGGAGAUAGCGCUCCCACAGUAGAAAUAGCGACGAAAUUAGUGAAACAGGAGGAACGGUUUGCGCCGUUUGCAAAUAAGAAACGGCUGGCGUCUUCAAGCUGCACUUCCAAUGUGUUCACAGUGUUCAAAUGGUUCCCUUUCUUUGUUUUGGUGCUGCUUCAAGUCAUCUCAGACUACGGCUUUUCAACGUUCAUGACCACCAUAGUAGAUUACACUGCAGACAAGGGAGCAGCGCUCGAACGUGCCAAGACAGUUAUUAUGUUCACUGCCCUGGGACAGGCUAUGGGGCGGGUGGUUGUGCCCUUGGCGUCGGACAAAAUUUCUUCCAGCCGCUCUCCCAUCGCCGUGACAUGCCUUCUUGCGACGGCUGUGUGUUUUACCGUCAUUGCGCGCGUCUCGGGUUUUGAACAAGUCGUAGCACUUGCUUGCGUGGCAGGCGUGGCCCAAGGCUACAUCCAGUGUAUGAGGCCGGUGCUGGUCGCCGACCACGUCGGCAUGGAUCGAUUCAGCUUAUGCUGUGGAAUUGGAGGACUUGUCGGUGCGCCUGUGUGUCUCUCUGGCCCAGCAAUUCUCGGUUUUUUCCGGGACAACCGUGGCUCGUAUGACAAGCUCUAUUUCAUGCUUGCUGGACUAAACCUUGGUGUAGGCGUGCUGCUUACAGUGCUGGUGUUUCAAGCCAUGAUUCAGCGGCGCUGUUGUGGCCCUAAGCAUGUGCCUUCUGCGCCAACGCUGGAGACGAAACAUGUGAAGGAGACCACCGCAUUUUUAUGACAGUGUUGCAUCGUGCAUGUAUUAUACGCAAUGACCAGAUGCAACGUUCUUGCCACUGAACUCGACAGCCGUCAAUGAUGACUGUUCAGGAUAGCACAUGGUUUAGUUCAUGUAGCACGCAUGACUGGUGAGUCCUGCCAGUGUCCGGACGCAUUGGCCAUCAGUCCUCCGCUGAACUUCAGGCACAAAUAUCAGCCGACGAAUUUUGUUUAAUUUCAGAGCAUGGCUUCCGCGAACGAGUGGUUCAGGACGAAUGGGGAAACCGCCAACUAAUGACCUCAUAGAGUUUGAAACAAUUAUAUGGGCCGAACACACAUAUUGGAAUCUGCAUAAAGCGAGUUCGUAAAAAAAUAUUUAAACGCUAUAAUACCCAAGGUGACGCUUACAUUUUUCUAUUGCCAUCUUACGCAGCUUGUUAUGCCAUGCUCAGUUUCUGUCGAGAGACCACCCCGGUCACAACUUUAUAGCCACGCAGUGUUUGUGUUUAUUCAUUACUGUUCACAAACUAUGGCGGAGUGCUAAGAGCAGUUCAUGGAAAUGCAGACUUUGCGGUGUCAACGCGGUGGCGUCAAAGGGAUGAACGCAAUUCUUUAUGCUUUUCAAAUGACGGAUGGUGACGAUAUGAAUAGGCAGAGAUGACCACGACGCAAAUGACAGAUGAUAAGCGGAGUGUAAUUCCACCGUUUCACUGCUGCGGGUUUGGGCGAAUGGCAAGUUGCACGCAGGUGCUCUCGUUCGCUCACACUGUGUCGACACGUGUUGCAUGACGUGACCCACUCGCCAAGCACUUCAACGGGUGGCUUUCCGUCAAGAAGAGGGAAAUAUGCGUGCAAUUCUGGCCAAAUAGAGCUGCGGGCUAUCUCACUGGAAGACUGCGGUUCGAUCCCACCUUUGUAAAACACCUUUCAUUUGUUUUCUGUGUGUGAGCAAUUUUCCAACACAGCGGCAGGCAUGGUCAUGAAAGUCCGCGGUCGUUUACUAAGAAAUCUUUACAUUAGAAUGAUAUUGUUUAGUGGGGAAAACGCAUAGAAAAUAUGCGAUACCUCAUUGCACACGUUUAGGUUAUUCUUUUGGAGUACCACUAAUGCGUUUGACAGUCUACGUGUGAUGCUCUUCAUUCCUGCCACGCAAUCAGUCCGAGCGUGUGACCUACACGCUUUACGAUACAUUUCCUUAUCCGGUAUCAACGUGUUUUAAAUCGGAAGCUUUCUUUAGUUACUUCGCCGCCCAUCUUGAAUGGUCAUCGUACAAUCAUGCGCAAUAAAAACCGGACGCGAUAAAAACUUUCUCCAAUAUGUAUGUGCUAGCUGUGCCACUGUUAUGUGCCAGAGUAGACAACUUGCUGCUGUCUGCUGUAUGGCCACGUAGGCACUAGGGUUCAGCAUUGGGCGUGUUGGUAUUGCAUUCUACAGCGCUCUCUUCUUUCAUCUGGCCG